GCGUUUUCCACAGAUUGGAAAAAACUUUACGUCAAUGGAAAAAACUUUACAUCACCCUUACGCUAACUGCGGAGUUUGUUGUAAACGGCGCAUGCACUCGCGCUUUACUACGGACUCGCAUGAAAGUUUACAUCAUCGGGGUCAGGCAGUGACGAGGACAGCCUCCGGUCCUUCCUGAGGGCUGACAUCAAGCGGGAAUCUGGAAGGAGUUAGCAAGAAUAAUGGAGAGGCUGGACGAGCAGCCGGCUGAGACGCUUGUACAAGGUCUUGGGCGAUGGAACACACACAUUGGGUUCAGUUGGGGACCAGGGGAAUUGCUGCUUUUUGAGACCCAGUACCCAAAGACAGAUAAUGCACAUUUGGCAACUUCUGGCCACAUAGCUUUUCUUCGUAAUGACGACGAUCUCUACUCACCCGUACUGAGAAAGUUAUUCAAUGAGUCCCAUGGAAUUUUUGUAGGCCUGCAAAAGAGUGGGGAAGAAGCAUCCAGCAGGACACGUAAAGCUCAAUUGGUGCAUGUUAGUAAACAUUAUCGCUCAGUUCUCCAGGCAUGUAUGCAAGAAAUGCACAAAGUGGCAAGCUCAACGCGAGAUGCAACUCAGAGCGCCAAAUAUAUUGAGCAGGUCUCCAUCCUGUCUGCCAUGGAGCUAUGUUGGAACCUUUGUGAAAUUCUUUUCAUUGAAGGUGCCACAGCUGGCUCACUCCUUGUACUACUUCUUGACUGGAUACGUUUGCAUUCAAGUGACAUAGACAAUAUAGCCGAAGAGGUUCUUAAGAGCGAAAGCCCCCUGAAGCAUGACAAAUUCUGGGAUUUGAUCACAGGGUAUGUCCUACAGGCUCGUAUGGAUGAAGCCCGGCAGCUGUUGGCUAAAGAAGCAGCUGUUUCCCCAAGCAACAGAAGCAUGUGCAGAGUCCUAGAUGAUCUCCUCAAGAAAAUGCCAAGGUUUAAUUCUCAGACAUUGACAGAGUUUGAAUUAAAGUGGCAGCACUGGCGGGAGGAAUGUGAACGUCAUCUGCAGUGUGAAACCUUCUCGUCCAGUCCUCACAUGCAAACCAUUUGCAAGGUUUUACUUGGAGCUGAAGAUACUUUACUUGAGAAGAAAGAGCUGAUGGGCACUUGGUAUCAUUUCCUUGUAUCACAGCUGCUCUUUACACAUCCUACGGUCACCCUGGCAGAAAUCCACUCCUAUGCUCAGUCUUCACUGGACGUUUUUUACGCUGGAGACAGCAGUUCUGAGCCACUGGACAAUGUUCUGCUUGCAGCUUUUGAGCUUGAUAUACAUCAAGUUAUUAAGGAAUUCAGUAUUGUGACAAAUAACUGGUGGUUUGUGGCUCAUCUGACCGACCUGCUUGAUCAUUGUCAGCUCUUUCAAUCUCACAACCUAUAUUUUGGAACGAACAUGCGAGAACAUUUACUACUAGAGUAUGCAUCUGGUCUCUUCUCUCAUCAUAGCCUUUGGCAGCUUGGAGUUGAUUAUUUAGAUUACUGUCCUGAACUUGGUCGAGUUUACCUUGAGCUUCACAUGGAGAGGAUUUCUUUGAGCACUGAGAGGAAAGCUUUAAAGGCACUGCGUAUCUGUGAGCAGCGGCAAAUGACUGAACAAGUCCGCAGUAUCUGUAAAACCAUGGCUAUGCAAGCCAUGAGCAAUAGACGUUUGGGUUCAGCACUGUCGUGGAGCAUUCGAGCCAAAGAUGCAGCAUUUGCCACACUCAUAUCUGAUCGGUUCCUGAAGGAUUACUGUGAACGAGGAAGAUUCUCUGAUUUGGAUCUGAUUGACAAUCUGGGCCCUGCUAUGUUGCUUAGUGAUCGCUUAACUUUCCUAGGAAAGUACCAGGAGUUUCACAGGAUGUACAAUGACCAGCAGUUUGAAGACGCUGCCUGCUUACUGCUUUCACUCAUGACUGCUCGCAUUGCUCCCUGCUCCUUUUGGCUUACUCUACUGCUGGAUGCUCUGCCUCUUCUUGAACAGCAACAGGUGAUAUUUUCUGCUGAGCAGACCUAUCAGCUAAUGAGCUGCCUGGAGGACAGGACUGCAGCAAAGUGUGAACCUAUCCAGUCAGAGGAGAACCGCAGAUCGCAGGACAGCAGCAUUGAAAACACAAAGAUUGAGAUGCUAAGGUUGGCUCUUUCACGAAACCUGGCACGUGCCAUUGUUAAGGAAGGAACUGCUCAAACGUAAAUAGGGAAAAUACAGUGAUGUGUAAUUAUUUUUGUUUUAUCUGGUUGGGUCUUCAGAUGCCUAAAAAAAUAUUUCAAGAAGACUGCAGCUGUCGUUGGGAGCUAAAUACUACAAAAGCCACCUCAUUACGAAAUAGAUUUUUUAUUGCAGAAAUUCCUGCAAUGAGUGAACAUACCCUAAAUUUGACAGCACUUGGAUUAGGAAUUAGUGUCAUAUUCUAGGCCAGGCAUAGGCAACCUUCGGCACUGCAGAUGUUUUGGACUACAUCUCCCAUGAGGCUUUGUCAGCAGUUUGGCUGUAAGAGCAUCAUGGGAGAUGUAGUCCAAAACAUCUGCAGUGCCGAAGGUUGCCUAUGCCGAAUCUAGGCUGUAAUGCCAAUAAAUAAAUGCAAGUUGUAGAGAUGAGCGAACUUACAGUAAAUUCGAUUCGUCACGAACUACUCGGCUCGCCAGUUGAUGACUUUAUCCUGCA